AUGGAGCGGCCCCGGCUCCCGCUGCCCCGGCCGCCGCUGCCCCGGCUGCUGGCCGCCGCAGUGCUCGUGGAAUGCUGCGCGCGGCUCUGCCCGGCUCUGGGCAGCGGCACGGGCUCCGCUCUGGGCGCCGCCGACCCCUGCGCCCACCCGGGCACCGCGACGGGGGAGCGCUGCCGGACAGAUCGCCCGCGGCCGGGAGCUGGCACGGGGCAGCCGCCGACACCAGGGGCCGUGGGGCAGCUGUGGACAGAGGCUGAACUGCCGCCCCUCCCCGGGACCCCCGCCGGGACAGCCGAGCUCUCCAGCCCGCAGGAGAGCCCCAGGGGCCCCGGGCUGGGCAGGGAGGGGACAGGGCCGGCGGUGCGGGGUGGCACUGCCACCGAGCCCCCGGGGCCGCUGGUCUCUGCAGGCGGGGAGCAGCCGUCCCCUGCCAGGCUGGGGGUGACCCCUGCAGGGACCCCAACCCCUGUGGAGGCAGGCACAGAUCCUGCCACCUCGCACCCCCCGGGCCCUGACCUUCUAGGACCUGUGACAGUAGAAGGUGCCACGACAGCGCAGGGGACACUUUUGUAUUCAUCACCCUCUGUGACAGUGCCAGGUUCUGCCAGGGGACAGGGGAGGUCCAGCAGCAGCCUGCUGGGAUGGAGGGCCGCUGGGACAGCCCUCGUGCAGAGCCAGAAUGCCACUCUCCAGCUGGGUGACAGCAGCCCAGGGACACGCCCGAGCACCGUGCUGGCCACUGACAGCUCAGUGCCAGGGACAUCUCCCUUUGCUGGGGGGCUGCAGAGGCUGCUGACCCCCGCAGGGACGCUGCAGGGGACACACUGGGGGCUGCCAGGAGGACAGGGCUUUGCUUCCCGCCCACAGGAGGGUCCCCACUCUGCCCUUCACCCCUCUGCCCUGUCCCUUGGGCCUGGUGGGAGCCCUUUGGGCAGCACAGCCUGGCCAGCCGUGGGGACAGGCCCAGCCUUGCUGCCUCCCACACACAGGGGCUCAGGUCUGCCUCUCGCCAGCACCCCAGGGGUGACCUCUCCCAGCCAGGGAGGGGCUCUGGACCCGACCACAGGGGUCUUGGGCCCACCUGACAGAGAGGGUCCCCCUGAGCAUGGUCACAUCCCCCUGAGCCCAUCAGCCAUCCCAGAGCAGCCCCCUGUCCCCCCUAGCAGCCCUGCUAUGGCACAGGGUGGGGUGGCAGACGCCAGUCCUGGAUCCUCCCACAUCCCCCCCUCCCCACAGUCUGUCCCAGCCAGUGGCUCUGCAGUGACCCUGCCAUCGACCCCGCUGCCUUCCCCAGGGACCGGCUGGGGGGUCCUGGGGUUUGGCCCCACUAUGGACACCCCUCUGGGAGACCCCUCCCCAGGGCUGCCCCAUUCCAGCUCGAAGGUGGGUCCUGCUGAGAGCCCUCCAUCCCUGGGGGGGACCCAGGUGGCACAGGGCAGCCUGGCACCCCCCUCAGCACCUGGGCCUCCCCAGCAGCCAGAUCUGUCCCAGCCUGUGCCUUCCCUGGGACCGACCGCUGCUGUUGGUGUCACCACCACCAGUGUCACUGCCACCAUCGCAGCUGCCACCAGCCCAGAAAGGCUCGGGGACAUGGGCACAGUGACAGCAGAGCCGCGUGCUGCUGUACUGCAGAGGGAUGGGCAGGGGGUGACAUGGGCAGCUCAUGUGCCCACUGUGGUGCCCGGGCCCCCCCAGCAGCCCACAGAUUCCCAUGGUGGGGGCCCUGGGUCCCCCCCAGCUGCUGUGGACACAGAGCUGGCCCAGCCAUCGAGCAGCCCCAGAGGGAGGACAGACCCUGACACCCCCCAGGUGACACUGGCCGGGGUGGGCAGGGCCCCCCAGGUGUUCAUCGUGGAGGAUCAGCCCCCAGUCCUCAGAGCAUCCCUCCUGCGCAUCCCCUGCGAGCUGGUGCUGGACAUGGGGUUCGUGCCGGCCCUGCAGGACCCGGGGUCCCCGGAGCGCCAGGAGCUGCUGCACAGCUUCAACCAGACGGUCACUCCGCUCUUCGCGCCGGUGCCAGGCUUCCUGCGGCUGGAGGUGACGGCGGUCAGGGAGGGCAGCGUGGUGCUGCGCUACGACGCGCUCUUUGCGGCCGAGCGGCUGCCGGGGCCGGGGCUGGACGAGCUCCUCGAGGCCGCGCUGGGCUCUGGGCUGGCGGUGGGCGCGGCCCCCGUCCUGCGCCACGCGGCUCUGGGUGAGUGCGAGGCCCGGGCCGGUGGCAGGGUGGGCACACGCUGGGCAGGCAGCGGUGACACAGCCGGGCCCGUCCCCGCAGCGCGGCCGCUGGACCCCUGCGCUCUGCUCUUCACCUGCCCGGCCGGCUUCGCCUGCGUGGCCGGGCCGGACGGGAACGCGACCUGCACCUCCCUCUGCCACCGUGCCUACUGCAAGAACCAGGGCAUCUGCUCCCACGGCCGGGACCACCAGCCGCGCUGCCAGUGCCCCGUGGGCAGCGAUUUCUGGUUCGUGGGGCUGCGCUGUGACUACCGGGUGACACAGCAGGGCCUGCUGGGCACGGCGGCCGGGGUCCUGCUCAGCAUCCUCCUGCUGGGCGCCGUGCUCGCCGCCGUCGCCGUGCGCCGCUUCAAGGCGCUGCUGCUGGAGGCCAGGGCCGACCAGACCCGCAGCAGCUACCGCCGUUUCUGCCGCCUGGACGACGUCUCUGCCCAGUACUGGUCCCGCUCGGGGCUGCCCUCGGCCAGCUCGCUGGACAACCCGGCCUUCAGCAACUCGGAGGAGCUGCUGCAGCUGCGGGUCCUGGGCAGCUGCGGCUGCCGGGGGGACGCCGUUGGCAGCGGUGCCAAGCGGGGCCCGGCGCCCUGUGCCCACCCACAGUGCCAGCCCAGCUUCCAUUACGAGUGGGACACGAGCUCCAGCAGCAUCAAUGACCCUAUGGUGGACUCGGGGAAAGCCAGCGACAUCUCGGUGUCCAGCUGGCCCAUGGAGCCCAUCCAGUGGGCUCCCUUCCCCCUGCACCAGCUUUCCAGGCAGCGACCGCACAAGGCCCGCUGGCCGCAGCCCUUCUGCGAGGGGCUGGAGCUGGGCACCCUGGAGCGGAGCUGGACGGCCUGAGGCCACGGACACAAGACUGCAACGCGGCUCAGCUUUAAAACCAACCACAUUUUAUUUCCACGUCACGAGCUCAGUGAAGGAAUCCACACACUUGGACGAUACAACCGAGGCGGGUGUGAUGUCAGUGAUGUCGGUCCCGGCGGGGCAGCCCCUGCCCCGCUGCCUGUCCGGGCCUCCGGAGCAGGCAGGUACAGAGAGGUGUCAGGACACACAGUGCUGGCAUCCACCAGGCCGUGACUUUGGGGGCAGUCUGGGCAGAAAGGCCGGCGGUUCCGGAGGGCACGUCACGCUCAGCUCUGCCCCACGGCCGCCGCAGGACGAGCUCGGCCACGCCGCAGGGAGGGAGACGCACGAAAGCGACGCUGCGUCCUUCAUCGAGAUUCAUGUCAAUGAGGUAUAAACACCGGGAUGUCGUAAGCAUUAAAGUUUAUUUUCCAAAAUGCUCUCCUUAUUCGCACGUGUCCUCUGGAGCAUCAAGCUGGGCACAAAUGGUGGGGGCUGGAAAUGGGGCGCUGUACGGAGGGCAACGGGCUCCCAAAGGUGCUCGGAUAGAAAAGGAAAAGCAAGCUGCAGUUCUACACUUAGACUCUCAUAGUCUCGGAGGGGGGCACGUUGAGGGAGAUUUUUGCUAGAAUAAAAUGCAGAUCUCUUCAUAAAAAAAUCAGUUUGCUAAAAGAAAACUCAACCUAUGGGCAUACAGAGCUAUCGGAUCGGUCGAUAUUCUCAUCGUAUAGAAAACAGCCUACAAAUAAAGUCACAAAAAAUAGACAGUUAUAUGCUGAGCAGCCAAAAACAUCAUGAUUUAUUAAUAUCUGGAGAAACUUCAUAAUUCAAACACAACCAAACUGUACAUUUUACAAUCACAUUCUAUUUGUAAACAGUUAAAAGCCACUGACUUCUUUUGCAUCUUCGGACACAAACAUUAGAAUCAAGGCAAUGAAAUGAUGGCGAUUUCUGCACUGUUAAAAUUUUUACCCUUGCCUAGUCUGGAAUUCGUGGACUAAACAAGCAUUCAAUAAUACCUUUUGUGGCAAGAGGAUGUAACUCGUUCACUUUUGCGAGAAAGUACUUGCGAGAACUUUGUCAACAUUGAAACUCGAUACACACACGAUCUGUAAGCCCAGCCCGUGGUUACAGGAUGCAUAGUUACUCAGGUCGGCUCGGGGACACGGCCCCACAGUAACACAGUCACAGAGCAGGAACAGCCACUCGAUGGGAUUACAAAAACUCGGAUAACUACGGAUUAUUAGCAAACCACCACCACUCACUAAGAAAAGACAGCGUCAAAAGCAGAAUGUCCAACUCCAGCUUGAAGCGUUUUUUUUUUUGGCAGAGAAAAGUCUUACAGAGCAAUAAGUAUUAUCAGUGCUAAAAGUUGAGUUUUUUUUUUUUUUUUUUCCUAUAAGAAACUACAAGGAGUUUUUACUGGGGAACUGGUUUUCCUGAGAGCCAUGCUCUUUGAUUUAGGAUACAGGAAUAGAAAACAAAAGGACAUGGCCAAACACUGUUCGUUAUUCCCAGAGAUAGAAAGCAUCUUUUUCAUUCUCAAUUUUUUUUUUUUGUCUUUUUAAAAAUU